CCUCUGUUCAAUCCCAGCUCUGAGCCAGACCCAAAUCAAACAUCCCAAACACAGCCUCUGUUCAAUAUCAAAUCUGGUGGGUCAGUCUCCAAUGCAGCAUCCAAGCCGCAGCCACUCUUCAAAGUCGACUCUGGGCCAGGCUCCAAUGCAGCAUCCAAACCGCAGCCACUCUUCAAAGUCGACUCUGGGUCAGACUCAAACCCAGCAUCUCUUCCAUCUUCCCAAUCACAUCCACUCUUUUUAAAAAAGCCCAGCUCUGAGCUAGACCCAAAUCAAUCAUCCCAACCACAGCAACCGUUCAAGAUCAACUCUGGAGGGUCGGAAUCAAAUGCUACUACCGAGAAUAGUAGCAACCAAAAACAGACACCACGCCCUUUGGACGCUCCCAAAGCAAACCAAGAGGAACUCCCCGAAGGACUGUCGAUCCUCUUUGUAGACGACGACCCCAUGAUUCGGAAACUGACAGUAAGGGCACUGAAGAGGGUUGCGCCGGCUAGCUGGACCACCCACGAAGCUUCUAGUGGUGAAAUGGCCCUGGAGAUGUGCCACAACAAUGAUCAGGAAUACAGCAUCAUUUUUCUAGAUCAGUACAUGGCAUCUGUGACCAAAAGCCUGCUCGGCACGGAGACUGCCCAAACCAUGCGCAUCAAAGGGGUCAGAUCCAAGCUCAUUGGCUUGUCUGCUAAUGAGCUUCGUGACAACUUCCUCAUGGCAGGUGCUGACGAAUUCAUAUUAAAGCCGAUGCCUUGCAACCCUUCCAAGCUCAAGCCUUUACUGAACGGAAUCUUGGAUUUGCCCUGUAGUCGAGAAUCUGUCUCUGCAAAAGUCCAAUCUCCCUAAUACAUCAGCCGCCUCAGCCGUGCCUCCUGAUGGACCCCAACGCCAGAAACUGCAAGCCAGGAAAUCACCUGGUCCAUGUCUUGAAGAAUGACAGGAUCAGAGGGAGCACGGUACGGUAGGAGCAUGUGAAUCUUCGAAUCCACAGGGUCGUGCUCUUCUCUAUGAGGGCAAUCACAUGAGCCUAAGCAGUCCUUCCAUUUCCAGUUAUUUGUUUUCCUCUACCAGUAGUGGCAACAAUGAAACAGCCAGUGUCGCACCAUUCUAACUUGGACUCCUUCAUUGUGGUUACCUAGUGGAAUAGACCAGAUUGAUGUACACAUCCUGCUGGAGGCAGAUCGGGUUCACCUCUAUAGAGGCAUCCAUUAUGAAACUGACAAAGCCAGUUGCCACCCAAGUAUUGAAUGUGGCCUGUGUCAUAACAAAAUCAGUCUGGUCAUAGGAAUUAGAGCAUUCCCCCCCACCAUUGUUUUGACCCAAGUUGUUUCCAUCUUGGUCAAUUACAUCAUAGAACUCAUUGCUUGAGCCCAGAUCACCCUGGACAAAAGUUUGAACAGUCACAUCACUGGUGGCAGGCAACAGAGAAUCAAAACAAAGAGAAAGUUGUUCCUAUUCAAGGAUACAGAGAAAGUUAGUGUUGGAAACAGACCCCCAGCAAUGUAGGUGUUCACAUGUAGCUCACUUACCCCAUCUGUUGUAAUUGGGCACACAU